AUGGGAUGCUUUAAAUUGCCGGUAAGUUUGUGCAAUGAGAUUGAGUCCCUUAUUAAGAAGUUUUGGUGGGGACAACGGGGUGAUCAAAGAAAGAUUCAUUGGGUGAAGUGGGAGGAUUUGACAAAAUCAAAAACCAUUGGUGGAAUGGGUUUUCGUGAUCUUGCCAUGUUUAAUGACUCUCUUUUGGCAAAGCAAGGUUGGCGGCUCCUGCAUAAUAAGUCCUCACUCUUCUACAAGGUAUUUAAAGCUCGUUUCUUCCCUAAUUCUUCAAUAAUGGAGGCUGCUGAUUCAAGGUUGGGUUCCUAUGCUUGGAAGAGCAUCCUUAGGGGGAGGGAUAUUAUUAAAAGGGGGCAAUUUGGAGGAUUGGGAGUGGGGAAAAAUCAAUAUAUGGCAGCAACGUUGGCUGCUAAGAAAACAGCCUCCAAGGUAGCCAAUGUGUCCAUUGGAGAGUUUUGA